AGUACGUAAACACUCUGAGAUUGUUUUCUGCUUUUACUUUUGUUUCACUGAAAUAAAUGGAGACAGAGUUGUAUAUGUCUUUAAAUUUCAUAGUAAAAAGUGUUCUUACCGAUAUAUCUGUAAAUAACAUUUUAUAGAUGUGAUAUCUGCAUUGGGAUCAGAAAAACAGGCAGCUGGAGAACCAAGUUUGCAUUUGCAGAGUUUCUCUGAGGAUUUUCAUGACCCAGAUGGGGCUGCAGAUCCAGAAGGAGAAAGUGCCGUCAAUGAACAAGGAGAAGGGUCUCCUGGGGAACAUCUUCCCUUACAGACCACCCAGCCAACCAGUGAAUUGAAAGCAUCUGUUCCAGAGAAGGCAGUAAGAAGGAGGAAAAUACAGUCAUCCACAUCAGUGUCUUCUUGGAAACCUCCUUUAGUGAAGCCCAUUCAGCCAGCCAUUGAUAUGAAAGAAUCUGUUGCAGAGAAGUCAGUAAGAAAGAAGAACAUAGGGACAUCCAUAAAAGGCACCUGCUCCCGCUAUUUUAACCAGGCUGAUGAUAAACUUUUGUAUUCAAGAAAUCCUUCCUUGGUGGCCUUCCCAAGUGCUGGUACUUCAGGCAGAAACCACGGUUCUGGGCACAGAGCAGGGUCUCCUGAAGAACAUAAUUCCUUGAAGCCCAUUCAGCCAGCCAUUGAAAUGAAAGCAUCCGUUCCAGAAAAAGCCGUAAGAAUGAAGAAUAUACCAACAUCCACAUCAGAGACCAGGUCUUGCUAUGUUGGUAAGGCUGGUGACAAACUCCUAGAAUCGAGGGGUCCUUCCCUGCUGACUUCCACAAGUGCUGGUAUUGCAUGUAUGAGCCACAGUUCUGAGCACAGAACAGCAUCUCCUGAGGAACAUCCUCCCUUGAAGAAUCCCAUUCAGCCAGCCACUGACAUAAAAGAAUUUGUUCCACAGAAAGUGGUAGGAAUGAAGAAUAUACAGACAGCCACAUCAGAAGAAGCAAAAGAGAAGAGAACAGACGCUGACAUAGUCUGUGACAAACUGAGGGGAAAGUUAAGAACAAUGACAAAUCAGUAUAUGAAAGAAGUUAAACUCAACCAACAGCUCGAACAGACUCUGAGAGCACAAGAUGUGGAAGUGAAGAGUCUCCAAAAUAUUUUGAAUGAGAGCGGCAAAAAAGAAAAAGACCUGUUGUGUGAAAAUCGCCUGCUGCAGGAUGAAAUUGCCAGGCUAAGAAUGGAAGUGGACACUAUAAAAACACAGACUCAGGAAGAGAAACCAGAAUCUUCAGAGGACAUUGAAACUAUAAAAUACCUUCGUAACAGCAUAAAACUGAAGAGAGAAAGAUUAGCAGAAAUAAUCUCUGAACACAGCAGACAGCUCAGGAUGCUCAGAUCAGAGAACACGCUGCUAAAGUCUGAACUGGAUUUUGAGAAACGAGAGAAGGAAAAACUGAAAACCGAAGUCCAGUCAAACCUUCACGAACUGUCUGCUGUUCUAAGUGAUCUCCACCGAAGCCAGAAGUCACAAAAGGACUUGGAGUUCGCCUACCAGAAAGAAAGAGAUGAGUGGUCUGUUGUAAAAGAAAAUAUGACAUCUUACUCGAAUAUUCUCUUCCAAAAACUUGUUGAAGCUGAAAGAAAAUUCAACAGCCUAGAAGUUGAGCUCUGUAACACAAAAGAUAUUCUCAGUCAAAAGACUUUGGCCUUAGAAGGUGUGCAAAGAGAUCUCAGGCAAGCAGUGUGUGAAAAGAAGGAAAUGGAGCUACAGUAUCACAAUGAACAACGUAAAAUGCAUACAUACCUUGCAGAGGAGGAACUGGCAGAGGCGCCAUUAGCUCAGCUGCGAAGCAGAAAUACGGAGCUUCAGCAGCAACUCAGUCAUGCUCAGGACGAAGCUGAUAAUAAAGAAAAAACCAUGAUGGCUAUGCAGACCCAAUUUCGGGCUUCUGUAAAACAACUUCAAGCUGAGAGUAAAUGCCGAAGACUUCUGCUAGAAGCAAGAAAUAAAGAGUUAACCAAUAAAUGCAGUCAUUUAAAAGAAAAGCAGAAGCGAUAUAAAACAGAAAGGGCAGAAAGAGAAUUGCAAGAAGCACAGAGUCAACGCACAGCAACCAUGAGAUGGCCUACAAUUGACAACUACAUGAAAAAGCUUGAAGAAGAAAAUUUCAAUUUAAAAGUCAUCAUCGAAAAACAAGCACGCAAAAUGGAGCAGCUCCAGGAGAACCUGUCAAGGGCAAGAUCUCUGCAAAUAUCACUGCUGCAUCAGUUGACAGAGGCUAGAAGACUGCCUGGGAAGAUGGAAGAUCACAUGCAAAUGCCUGACAUAGAAAAUUCCCAGUUAAAAGCUAGAAGCCAAAAGCAAGCAGACCGACCUGAGCAACUUCCACGUCUCCCAUCCAGCGCAGGGUCGACACAAAUACCAGCUCUGGAAAACUUAGAGCAGCCAAGAAAAAAUCAAAUAGCUUCAAGGGGAAGUGAGAUGGAGCUCAGUGUUACUGAGAUGGAGCUCAGCAUUGCAGAUGCGGAGUCUGAACUCUCCAGCAUACUAGCGUCUGAAAAACUGGAAGAAUACACACAAGUUCACAUGAAAGAUUUACAAACCCUAAAAUGUUUGUCAACUAAAGUACGCCAACUUAGUGAGAAUCUAGCAGAGGUCAAGACACACUUGUCUGGGAUAACACAGAUGGACAGAUCUUUGCACACAAUUCUUACCACAAGGCCAAUCCUGGAAGCACCUCCUAUUGAAAAUCCUAAUCGUGCUUCAGUUAUCCACAGAGAGCUCCCUACAGUGCAGAAAUGUGCAAUCUCUCCCUCAAAUCCUGAGACUUCUUCAAGUAGACUGGCGAAGUACGUGGCUCAGAUGCAGCAGGAGUUAGAAAAAAAUGUGAUUGGAAGACUUGAACAAGAUGAUUCUGAAUUGGAAACUGAAUGUUCUAUAACUUCCCUGGAAGCUACAGUGAAUUCAAGUCUAACAUCAGGACCUAGUUUACAAAGCCCUUGAGAGUUCCAAGAAAAAAUGGCUGUGGCCAGUUUGGCUCUUUGGAGAAGAGUCUCAGAUGCCCUGAA